CCGUUAAACUUCAGAGCUAGGAAACGACUCGACCCUGCAAGAAUCAAGCGUUGCUUUGAUACGAUGACGAGUGACGACCAAUGGAGCGAACAAUUGAGGACAAAGAGCGGUAUUUGUGACUAUUUGCCCAGUGGAAUCUUUUUGUUCCCAAAACGGCAGUCCUUUUGUGCGCUAGGCCAUUGGGAAAACAAUGACCUUGCCUGUCAAUGAGUACGUGAAUAGGCCCGAAGAGAUUAUAAACAUCGAUCCUCAUCUUCGGGUGGGUCGUUGUUUUUCCCUCUUCCCUUCCACAACUGGGAAACGGUCUCUUUCCCCUUGACGGCGCGUUGACCUAUUAUUACCAUGAACUCAAGCACGAAAUCUGCAUCCCGCGAUGAACCAAUGCUGAAAAGACAAGCACGUAUACGCCCACGCCGAGACCUCCAAGCAUCGACAUCGGCUGCACCACUGUCGAUGAUUCUGGAGGAGGAGGACGUGGCCAAUUUGAGCUCCAGUUCCAGUUCUUCGAAUGCCACCAAAGACCUCAAGUCUCGGAGACGACGGGCAAACAUUAUUUCGGACCCUUUCCAUCUUACCUUCACCCAAGUUACCUAUCCAUUCCCCCAUCCCCCGACUUCUACUCCAAGCUCGAUGCCCCCUUCCAUAUGCCCACCUUCACCAGGUUCUUCGUCGCCUUCGACGAGCACUACGCCGUCUCCCUAUUCAAGUCCUCGUUCUCUCACCACCAGUCUCCCUACGUCGCCAGAACCCUCUUCUUCGGAAGAAGACGACGACGUGUUCUCAUAUCCUGCGACUAAGCCUCUUGUCAUCAACAAAAUCCACCGCCGACUCCACAAGAAAAUCAGCUGCGAGGAGUUGAGUGGCGGUUUAGACGAGGACUACGAGUACUACACGCAGGAAUUCAACAAAAUAAUUUCUCUCUCAUCACUCUAUGCGCCUCCCCACUCUCAAACCUCCGCAUCGCGACCCGAAUCUGCUUGUGCGCUUCCCAGCACCCAGAAGACGCGUCCUAAGUCUCUCACCAUUGUCCGCCCCCCUCCCCGUACCUCCCUGCCUGUACCUGCCGAAGCCGACGAGGAUGGCGCCGACGUACUGCUGUACUACCUCGAAGCUGCCUCGCUCAGCUCCGGUAGCCACUACUCUGAGCCGGAGUCAAGUUCCGUAUCUCCUGCACCCGAAGAUGACAGCUUAUCCAAUGUUUCACUCGUCGACUUCACCUUCGACCUGGAUUCGUCCGCAAACCUUCGUUUCCCCCUUUCCCUCCCCUGCUCGCCUAUUGAUUUGGAAGCGGAUAUCCGGGGCGGUCUUGAGGAGCUCCGUACACGGGAAGAUGAGAAAUACUCUGCCAAGCCGUCGUCGUCCAACGGGUGGUCCUUUAGCAAAGAGGAACAGCAUGACUACCUAGCUGAGCUUGAGAACGGGCGUGUGCUUCGGAGCCGGUUCAGCACAUCCACUCUGGGCUCCGUGAAGGAAGAGCGCUCUUCGACUUUGGCCAAGCGCGUGCUGCCUUACUUCAAGGGAGGAAAGGAUAAGGCUAAACGAAGUCCUGGUGAGAAGAAACGAGGGUUCCCGUUCCGGAGUAGCGUCGACUCCCCGACCAACUCGACCUUCUCAGCUGUCACUUGGUUCUCGCAGGGUGAUGCCCCGUCGUUGAAGCGUCGAACGAGUACGAGCACAACUGGUAGCGGGGCCAGCGUUGAGAGCACGGGCAGCUCGGGUUUGAGGAGGAAGCCCAUUCCCAUCGAAAUGUUCUUGAGGGCUUGAUGCCCCGAAGGAUUCUUGCAAUUAAUGACUGUUUAUGAUAUUUUAUGCGCUCUGCUAAUUAUUUAUUUGCCAAUGCGCAUUCCUCUGUAGCCUUAGAACCCAUUCGAUUUCUUGAUAUAUGCACCAAUAGCUUCAUACCACACUUUGUACAUUUACCAUUCUUAUAU